CACUGGCAACGCCUUUGAUAAAAGCAUAAUGUGAAGAGAUAAGGUAAUAUAGGUCCCACCCAGCCUGAUUUAAAGGGUCUUUGUAUUGGCAGGAGCAGCACGUGUAGGGGAGGAGCAGGGGGUGGCCCCGGUCGGAGCACUGCUGGGCUGUCUCUCUGUUUGUAUACAGAACGCCGCGCUCGCUGUCUGGUCGGAGCGGCUCUCCUCUCUUGCUCUCCUCUAAAGCAUCGCGUCGUUCACCACUGCAGUCACUGAGAUCAUCCGCCUUCUCCGAAAGGACUUACAGAAAAUAAGAGGAUAAUUACCACUGGUGUUGACACAAAAGCGUUCCAAGCAAAGAUCGGAAUUUGAAAGAUACUUGUGCUGACUGUGUGUAAAGAUAUCUACCCCUAAUCCCCGUCUUCUCAAUUUUCUUUAAAGGAUGGGACCUCUAGUUGCUUUGCUCAUCCUCUGCAUAGGCGCCUCUGUCCCGCAGAUAGCAAAAGGGGAAGUAUGUGAGCCGAACCCAUGUGAAAACGGGGGUGCUUGCUUGACAGGCUUGGCGGAUGAGCCUUUUUCAUGUGAGUGUCCUGCUGGCUUCACAGGUCCCAAGUGUUCUAGUAUUGUGGAGGUUGCAGCAGACGGGGAGGAACCUACUACAGCAGGACCUUGUCAUCCAAAUCCCUGUCACAAUGGUGGGACCUGUGAAAUAAGUGAAACGUACAGGGGAGACACCUUUAUAGGUUACAUCUGCAAAUGUCCCAUUGGCUUUAAUGGAAUCCAUUGCCAACACAAUGUUAAUGAAUGUGAAUAUGAUCCUUGUAAAAAUGGUGGGAUUUGUACGGAUAUGGUUGCUAACUAUUCUUGUGAGUGCCCGGGCGAGUUCAUGGGGAGGAACUGCCAGUACAAAUGUUCUGGUCCCCUUGGAAUGGAAGGUGGCAUUAUAUCCAAUCAGCAAAUAACUGCUUCUUCCACCCAUCGAGCUCUUUUUGGACUUCAGAAGUGGUACCCUUACUUUUCCAGGCUAAAUAAGAAGGGUCUUGUGAAUGCAUGGACUGCAGCAGAGAAUGACAGAUGGCCAUGGAUUCAGAUAAACCUUCUUAGAAGAAUGAGGGUUACAGGACUAAUAACCCAAGGUGCAAAGAGAAUUGGAAGCCCGGAGUAUGUCAAAUCUUACAAAAUAGCCUACAGCGAUGAUGGCAAAACUUGGAAAACAUAUAAAGUGAAAGGCACAAAUGAAGAUAUGAUUUUCCGUGGCAAUAUUGACAACAAUACUCCCUUUGCUAAUUCCUUCACACCCCCAGUGGAAGCCCAGUAUAUUCGAGUAUACCCCCAAGUCUGCAGGAGACACUGUACACUCCGGAUGGAGUUGCUGGGCUGUGAAUUAACAGGUUGCUCGGAGCCAUUAGGGAUGAAGUCUGGCCAUAUUCAAGAUUAUCAGAUAACAGCUUCCAGCAUCUUUCGAACUCUCAACAUGGACAUGUUUACUUGGGAACCAGGCAAAGCACGACUGGACAAGCAAGGCAAAGUUAAUGCAUGGACUUCAGGACACAGUGAUCAAUCACAGUGGUUACAGGUAGACCUUCUCCACCCCACCAAAGUGACUGGCAUUAUCACCCAGGGAGCAAAAGAUUUUGGACAUGUACAGUUUGUUGGCUCAUAUAAGCUUGCCUACAGUAACGAUGGACAAAAAUGGACAAUAUAUCAGGAUGAGAAACAAAGAAAAGAUAAGGUGUUCCAAGGAAACUUUGACAACGAUACUCACAGAAAGAAUGUCAUAGAGCCUCCCAUUCAUGCUCGGUUUGUGAGGAUUCUCCCUUGGUCAUGGUAUGGUCGCAUAACUUUGAGGGCUGAGCUUCUUGGAUGCACAGAAGAGGAAUGAAUGGAUUGGACAGCCUGAGAAACAAAUCCCUAGAAAGCAAAUCAUUCAAAUAGUUCCAUAAAAACUGUGCAAAAUCUGUAAAACAAACAAUCACAAUCCUGAUGGGUUUCUCAUGAACAAGUCAUCAUUUGUGGUAGGCAUUGAUCUCUCUCCAGUUUGUACAAUAUUAUAAGCCUGCCCACUUCCGAUGUCUUAUUUACUUUGAACAAUUAUACUUCUGUUCUUUUAUACUGUUCAAAUUUAUUUUACCUUUAUUGAAAGGGAAUAAAUCACAUUGUAGUUAAAUAAUGUUGCAAAAGCUGUAAUGUCACUUUUCAUAAUUUGAAUUGUCCACAUAAAUUAACGUGGGAGCCUUGAUACCUUCUGGUCUUUAGGGUAUUUUUUUUUUAAUAUUUCUGAUUAGACCAAGAAUGUAACAUAGGCAUUAUCUGCACUUAUUAUGAAAAUGUCACUAAUGUUUAACUAACAAACACAUAAGCCGAGUUGCAGUGUUUCAUUACUGUUUUCUAUUUUCUUGUGUUACAUUUAUAUUAAUAUGUACUGACAGUGAUUCCAUUUAUCCUGAAUGUUUUUUCAAAAAAGAAAAAUCCAACAAUAAAGAGUUAAAAAUCCUUAUUUGCUCUAGGCCCAUAUUCAUUGAAUAUCCAUUAAACAAUAGCCAUUUUUUCAGUAAAACAAAUAAAUACAUCACAAGGAAUGUUAUUUCUACAGUAUUUACAGACAGAUCUGAUUGAAAUGAAUGGAACUCUAAUAAAGAACUCAAAACUGGUAUUUUUACAGAGUUCUUUAUUUUUUCAAAAGAAAAAAAAAAUCCUUUUGCUGUUAUCCAACCAUUCAAAUUUAAGAAAAAAUGCUCAUGAGUUCCUAAACAACCCAAAUAGAAGUAUAUCUUGAGAUCAACUGUGCUGUUCCAAAACUUUUUUCUUUUUUCAAAAAAUGUGUGACAAAAAGCAUGAUUGCAUGCUGCUGUUCAACUAUUAUUGUUGAACAAAGAAAUACAUUUUCAAGAUAUAGCAGCACGAAGAAGUUUAACAUUUAUACAAACUCCUUAAAUUCUCCUUAAAAUGUGACACUGCAGCUUAUGUGUAUUAUAUUUAGAACUAUAAAUGAUGGGAGGCAGUGUAUGAUUUUGGUUUUUGCAAUUUUUAUUUAUUCCAUUUAUUUUUUCUUUCUUUCCGCUUUUUGUUGUCUGUAGAAAAAAAGAGAAGUCUCCUCGUGUCUAUCUUUAACAGUCUAUGUUAACUUCAGCUUUUAGAGAUUUCUUGAUAAAUUGGUCUAUAACUGCUCAGGAUAGAUGUCAAUUAUUUGUAUUGUAUUAUUUUUUACCCACAAAUUAUAUAUAUAUGGAGAGAGAGAAGGGGGUCAAGUACUUGAUGAAUACUUUUUUUUAACCUUUCUUUGCAAAUGCAGUGGCACUAAAAAAAGCUGAAGUGUUAAAGAUUAUGAUUUCUUUUUUGAUGAAAGUGAAAAACUGUGUGUUUCUUUUUUAAUGAUAUAUUUCUAUUGAUUGGAGGUUGUAAUUACAAUAUAAUGAAUAUGGCUGACACACUGUAUUAAUUGUUUCUCCUUUUUAUCAAAACUAAUGUGCUUUAUGGUAGUUAUCAAAACCACUGUAAGCCUAUAGUAUUCAAUACUGAAAAGUAAAAGAUGCUACAGCAAAGAGCAUUACCUUGAAGAACUGAUGGCAAGGUAUUUUGGUUUUAAGGGAACCGAGGCACACCAUGAAGAUCAGUAGAAGUGUUGCUGUACUAUAGUACCACAUAACAUAUUAUAUUUAACUGUUUUACUGCAUAAUAAAGCCACUAGACUGUUACUGUCUCUUGUAACCAUGUUAACAGCACUCUAAUUAUUUUAUAUAUUAUGUGAUCUCAGAAUGCAUUAAAAUGACUUGUUCUAAAAAAGGAAAAGUCAGUCCUAAAUUUAUUUCUCAGAUUCAGGAGUCCCCAGAGUGGUGAACAAAUCACAAGAUGGUUUUCAUCUCUAAUAGUAUGUAGAAUGGGUAAUACUGUACACAUCCUUACCAUAAGCAUUGCUCAACAGUCAACAAAGUACUGUACUGAAUGCAUUAACAUCAAAAAUCUGUUUUUUAGAGGUAUAACACAGCAAAAUCACCCAUGUUAAAUUAACGCUUAAAGUUUAUAUAUGAAAUUAAUGUUUCUGUGUAUACACUUGAAGUGCUAAUUUACCACUUCUGAUUUUGUUUUGUUCAAAGAAAUGUGAAUCACAAUAUACAACUGUACUAACACAAACAUGCAGAAUUGGAAAAUAAAAUCUUGACUGGUAUUUGAAGAAUAAUUCACCGAGUGUCCUCAUACAGUAUGAAUCAUGAUGUUUAUGGAACAAUUAGAUGUUGGUGUUUCCAAUAAAAAACAGCUUUGACAAAAA